GUCUUCGUCUAGAGAGAGAUGGCAACGGCGUCGUUUAGAUGGAUUCUGCAGCUUCACAGAGACGUACCAAAAGCUGCUCGAUUCUAUGCGCAAGGUCUCGACUUCUCCGUCAAUGUCGUCACUUUACGCUGGGCUGAGCUCCAUUCUGGUUCUCUCAAGAUAGCUCUUAUGCAAUCUCCUAGUGAUCAUGUUGCGGAGAAGGGAUACUCAUCGCUUCUAUCGUUCACAGUCACGGACAUUAAUACAACAGUGACCAAACUUAUGGCUUUAGGAGCAGAAUUAGAUGGCACUAUCAAGUAUGAGAUACAUGGAAAGGUUGCGGCCAUGAGAUGCCCUGAUGGUUACAUGUUAGGGCUUUAUGAGGCUGCAUAAGCAUAUGAAUAGAAUUGAAGCCUGAAA